UAAAUAAAGAAAAAAAAAAACAGAGCAAGAACAAAAAAAAAUGUCAAUCUUCCUCUGUUUCCUCUGGCUUUUGUUACUUCUUUUAGUAACAAUAAUCUUGACAAAAAAAUCUCAAUCCUCAAAACUGAAACUUCCUCCAGGUCCACCGAAACUUCCGAUCAUCGGAAACUUACACUACCUUAACGGAUUACCUCACAAAUGUCUCCAAAACCUCUCGAAAACCCACGGACCAGUGAUGCAGCUCAAGUUAGGAUUCGUCCCUUUGGUCGUAAUCUCUUCAAACCAAGCAGCAGAAGAAGUUCUCAAAACCAAUGACCUAGAUUGUUGCAGCCGACCAGAAACCAUAGCGUCAAAGACAAUCUCUUACAACUUCAAAGACAUCGGAUUCGCUCCAUACGGUGAAGAAUGGAGAGCGUUGAGGAAGCUCGCUGUGAUCGAGCUAUUCAGCUUGAAAAAAUUCAACUCUUUUAGGUAUAUAAGAGAAGAAGAGAAUGACUUGUUGGUCAAGAAACUCUCUGAAGCUUCACAUAAACAAUCUCCUGUGAAUUUAAAGAAAGCCCUUUUCACUUUAGUUGCUAGUAUCGUGUGUAGACUCGCGUUCGGUCAAAAUCUUCACGAAUCCGAGUUUAUCGAUGAAGAUAGUAUGGAGGAUUUAGCGUCUAGGUCGGAGAAGAUUCAGGCGAAAUUCGCUUUCUCUAAUUUCUUCCCCGGAGGUUGGAUUCUUGAUAAAAUCACCGGUCAAAGCAAGAGUCUUAACGAAAUUUUCGCAGAUCUCGACGGAUUCUUUAACCAAGUGCUCGAUGAUCAUCUAAAGCCAGGAAGAAGAGUAUUAGAGAUUCCAGAUGUUGUGGAUGUGAUGAUUGAUAUGAUGAAUAAACAAAGCCAAGAUGGUUCUUUUAAGCUCACUACUGAUCAUAUCAAAGGAAUCAUCUCUGAUAUAUUUCUUGCCGGAGUAAACACAAGUGCAACGACCAUUCUUUGGGCAAUGACAGAGUUAAUAAGAAACCCAAGAGUGAUGAAGAAAGUGCAAGAUGAGGUUAGGACAGUACUUGGUGAAAAAAGAGAGAGAAUCACAGAACAAGAUCUUAACCAACUUAACUACUUCAAGCUAGUGAUCAAAGAGACAUUCAGAUUACACCCAGCAGCUCCACUUUUAUUACCAAGAGAGGCAAUGGCUAAAAUCAAGAUCCAAGGCUAUGACAUUCCACAAAAAACUCAGAUCAUGGUCAAUGUUUACGCGAUAGGACGCGAUCCUAACCUUUGGGAGAAUCCAGAAGAGUUUAAACCGGAAAGAUUUGUUGAUAGUUCUGUUGAUUACAGAGGACUUAACUUCGAGCUUUUACCAUUUGGUUCUGGUCGAAGGAUUUGUCCCGGUAUGACUAUGGGAAUCGCGACAGUCGAAUUAGGAUUGUUGAAUUUGCUUUACUUCUUUGAUUGGAAAUUGCCUGAAGGAAGGACGGUGAAAGAUAUCGAUUUGGAAGAAGAAGGUGCGAUUAUUAUUGGCAAGAAAGUUUCUCUUGAACUUGUGCCUACUCGACGUCAAUGAAACAAAAAUAUAAUCAUCUUAAAAUAAGAGAGAAUGCUUUCUUUUUUCUCAAGCUUCAUUGUAUAAUGAAGUAGUGUUAAUUUGCUUUGUGGAACGGUUGUUAUAUAUUUUACAUAAUGAGCAUAUCAUAUAUUAAUAAAUGCGUGUAAUAUUGAAGAUUGUUGUGGGAAAUGAUAGGUAACCGGCAAGUUUAGUUAUGAUACUAAUACA